AUGGCUAGUGUCACGUCUCACUGUGCAAUGAGCAAUGGAACUGCCUUCCAACACGUCUUCAUGCCAAUUCAGAGUUCCUCCAUUAGUGUACCAAGAGCAAGUGUACCAAUAAUUUGUGUACCAAGAGCAAGUGUGUCAAGUAUUAGUGAGACCUCAAGAGAGACCUCAAGCAAUUUAGAAAACGGAGGACAAGUGGUAGGUGCAGCCAUUGGGGAGCAGGUUACCUGUGUGCAGAAAGUGUUUCUGUAUAAUGGCUCCGAUAAAACAGUGCAGAGUGUACAAACUUCCAAUCCGGUUAACACUGUAAAAGAAGUCCAAAGCAAGUGUUUAGAAAGUGGGCAUCGGGUUGGAUAUUCAGAGAGCAGCGCUAACACCAGCUCUGCACAACAUGGAGCUAGCGCUAACACCAGCUCUGCACAACAUGGAGCUAGCGCUAACACCAGCUCUGCACAACAUGGAGCUAGCGCUAACACCUGCUCUGCACAACAUGGAGCUAGCGCUAACACCAGCUCUGCACAACAUGGAGCUAGCGCUAACACCAGCUCUGCACAACAUAGAGCUCACAUUGUGAGCAGCGUUGAGAAUAAAACCACCACUGUCAGUAGAGUCAAUGACAGACCACUUGAUAAUAUCAGUGUGAUUAUCUCAACAGCUCAGAUUAGCGAAGAUGCAUCUCAGAUUGAAGACACAGAAGUUGUUCAGAUCACUAGUAGUGAUGUUGAUGUUACCAACGUUAACUGUGGAGGACAGACUGCUAGCAAGGUGAACGAAGAAGAGAUAAGCAUUGCCAAUGACAAAGUACAAGUUAGCAGGGAGGAGGCCGUAGUGGUGGUUGGCGUCAGUGAUGUAAAAAGCACAGGUCAGAUAAAAUGUAGGGAAACUGAGAUCCAGGAGAGAAGUGUGGAAAGUGAGACUAACAUUGGCAGUGAAAAUCAGAUUGUUAGUACUGUGCGUGAUGCUCGAACUAUCUCAGCAGAGGUAGAAAAACAAUUCAGAAGUGAGGAGACUCAGAUUGACAGCGUGGAGGUUACGAGUCAGAUGAAUAGCUGUCAAAUUGAAACUCAGAUCAGUGGAGUUCUGAGUGUUUUGGGAAGUGUUGUUCAGAUAACCCGUGGAGGAAAUGGCAGCCAGAUCAGCUGUGUUGAAGCUGGAGCACAGCUCUGCUCCUUGGAGAUAAACAUCACAGAAAAUGAGGUUCGGCCAAGCAGUCAGCCAACAGAGGUAAUUAUCACCCAAUCGGAAGACAGAUUUGAGAUGAUAAAUGCUGAACACGGAGAGCAUGUUAUUAUAGAGGAAACCAUCAUUGAGGAGACAAGCUGUGUGUCCAGAAAGAGUGACGCUGUGGAGAGCAGCAGAGUUGAAAGCGUCGGACCGGUUGAUGAGCUGGAAGUCACAGCUGUAGUUGGUGAUGCAGAAGAUGAAGGUCAAACAACCUGUGAGGAGAGUAGAGGUCAGAUAAACAUUGCUAUGGGUGGUGACCUGACUAGCACAGUCAUAACAACAAGUGUGGUUGAAAUGAAGAGUGCUGAUGAGACUGAUGACCUGACUAGAAGUGUGGUUGAGAUGAUCAGCACAGAAAUAUCAAUGGCAUCCAGCCCUGUGGAAUUUGAGGUUCCAAUUGUCCACAGGGACUACAGAGCUCAAACCCCCUUGAUGGAGAGGGAAGGUAUGAUUAGCAGAGAUGUUCAAAUGAUUGACCACGUCUCUACAGGUGACAUAAGCACUGUGGAAACUGUAGUAGUCUCGCUCCCAUCCGUGUCUCAGACAACUGGCAGGGAUAAUGCUGAUAGCAUGGUAAGCGAGGCUAAGGAAACUGUGAUCCAGGUGAAGAAAGUGGAAGGUCCAGUUCCAAUCAGCAGUGCAGAACAUGGGGGUCUGAUCACCAAUGUUGUACAGAUUAGCAGCGCUGCAAGUGACAAAUCGAUCAGCAGUGCCACAGGUGUAGCGGUAAAAGUGCCAGCUAGCACAGUGGAAAGUGCAGUGGAGAUCAUCAGGGAUAUGAGAAGUGGAAGCAUGAUAAGUACUGGAGGUAUGACUAGUGUAGGCAGCGGUGGUUUGAUCAGCAGGACAGAAAGUGGGUAUAUGAUGAAUAAUGUGGUAAGUGGACACAUGAUAACUAGUGCAGGAAGUGGACACAUGAUAACUAGUGCAGGAAGUGGACACAUGAUAACUAGUGCAGGAAGUGGACACAUGAUAACUAGUGCAGGAAGUGGACAGAUGAUAACUAGUGCAGGAAGUGGACACACGAUAACUAGUGCAGGAAGUGGACACAUGGUAACUAGUGCAAGUAGUGGAGGAAGUGGAGAAUGGAAGGUUUAUGGUGGAGGUACAGGAAGACUCAGUGGUCCAGGUAGUGGAGGCAGACUCAGUGGUCCAGGUAGUGGAGGCAGACUCAGUGGUCCAGGUAGUGGAGGCAGACUCAGUAGUCCAGGUAGUGGAGGCAGACUCAGUGGUCCAGGUAGUGGAGGCAGACUCAGUGGUCCAGGUAGUGGAGGCAGACUCAGUAGUCCAGGUAGUGGAGGCAGACUCAGUGGUCCAGGUAGUGGAGGCAGACUCAGUGGUCCAGGUAGUGGAGGCAGACUUAGUGGUCCAGGUAGUGGAGGCAGACUCAGUGGUCCAGGUAGUGGACAAAAGAUAAGUGGUACCAGUGGUGGAGAUCAAAGUAAAUGUAAUAGUAUCGGCAGUGGAGUCUGGACCCAUGUGAAUUCCGAAAGUGUCUCUCGGUUUAACAGAAACGCGAGCAAUGAAAGGACUGGUAGACUUAGCAGUGCAGGAAGUGGAGAAUGGAAGGUUUAUAGUAGAAGUAAUGGACAGAUCAGUAAGGCAGGAAGUGAGGGAAGAAUCAGCAGUGCUGGAAGUGGACACAUGAUCAGUAGUGCUGGAAGCGGAGGUAGACUGAGUAGCAGAAGCACAGGAAGUGGAGGUAGACUAAGUAGUGCAGGUAGUGGACAUAUGAUCAGUAGUGCUGGAAGUGGAGGUAGACUGAGUAGCAGAAGCACAGGAAGUGGAGGUAGUGGACAUAUGAUCAGUAGUGCAGGUACUAGUGGACAGAGAAUUAGUAGUACAGAGGGUGGUGUCAGGAUCAGCAGUGGGGGUAGUCGAGUGAUUACCAGCAGUGGUGGUCCAGCCAGCAGCCCCAGCAGAGUGACCAUCAGGAACACAGGAAGCGGAGGCGGUGGAGGCAGAGAGCGGAUCAGCGUCUGUAAAAUGGCUGCCCUCUCCAUGUCAGCUGCCGUGAAAGAAAGAGAAAAGGCCCAGGAGGUCCGUCGGGAAUCCUACACAAAACAGGUGUCAGCCACCAGUCCUCGGGUCCAGCGGUGGGUGAGGACAUUGGUGGAAGAAACUGUAGACAACAGUAAAACUGAUGACGACAGUGUGCCAUUCUGA